AUGGGAAGAGCAAACAAGAAAUCGAUCUCGACUGUUCAUCUCCCUGAAGACAUUGUUCUGGAGAUACUUCCUAGAUUACCAAUAAGGUCACUCUUACGAUGUAAGUGUGUUUGCAAAUUGUGGAAAAGUUUAGUAUCAAACUUUGUUCUCGCCCGUCACGCGGGGAAAGAAGGAGCAAUUGUGGGCUAUUUACCUAUGAGUUACGGACCACCAAUUCAGGAGAAGUUGAUCCACUUCUAUUCAAUCAACGCUGAUCUUUCAGCGGUAAAACUUCCAAAACCCUCGGGCGAAUUGCCAUCCGACUUCUACAGUUUUGAUGUGUUCGGUACUUGUAAUGGUUUGGUACUUUUUCAAUCUUAUGGAGUAAUUUACUUGUGGAACCCGUCCAUUGGUAGCUGUCGUGCAAUGAAACAACUCGAGGUUUUGGCAAAUGAAGGUCAAAAUGCCUCGAUUUGUUCUGGACACAAAGGAGCCUCUGGACUUUGUUUUGACAAAUCUUCUAAUGAUUACAAAGCAGUAUUAUUGACUUCUAGAACACAGCUUGUUGCAAGCUUAAGAAAGGGAAACAUUCAAACGGAUGGUUUCCCUUAUCGCUUGACCGUGCCCUUCUUCGGACAUUAUGACCCGAGAGUUCUACUUAAUGGACAUUUGCAUUGGACCAUGACAAGGAUACGUUCUGGUAAGUCUAAGAUUAUCUAUUUUGACGAGGAGAUGGACCGAUUUAAGAAAUUGCCAAUGCCUGAAAAACAAGAACCUAGUGAGGGGCGUCUUCCACGUUAUUCUCAACUUACGGUUUUAUUUGGAUGCCUUUGCUUGUUUGAAGGUCCUAAAUGCCAUUUUGAUGAUUUCGAUAAUGAUGUUUUUAUUAUGGAAGAAUACGACGUGAAAGAUUCUUGGACCAAAUUGUUCACUAUUGGAGGUACAUUGGUGCCCUUCCAACCUAAAAUCUCCUCCCACAAAUUAUUGGUCUUAAUUUGUAACAAGAUAUACACAUACAACUUAAACAAGAAGCGUCUCACAAGAAUCAAAUGUCCUCCUCCUGGCCUACUGAAUAUUAAGCGCGUUUUGAGAGUCGAAGGUUGUGACAGAACACCAGUUUUCCUUCAUAUGUAUAUUGGUCCUUUUAUGUACACAAAAAGUUUGGCAUCCGUUGAUUUGAUGUGA